AACCUCACUAAAGCUCACUAACACUCAGCAGAGGAGAAGCCGCGGUUCACAACUGAGGGCGCGCACGGGAGAAUAUUUUGCAGACGUGGUGAAUAAAAGAAAAUCGAAGCAUCUCAAUCCAAGCACUCACAUUUUCUUGUGGAAUUUCUACGGUUUUGAUGUCGGAUGAUCUGUUGCUGUAAAGCAUUUACCAGUUCAACUUCUGUUUUUUGGGGAGGGAGUGGAGGUAACAUUUCAGCUUCAUUCGUGUCUUGUAAACGGAAUGAAUGACCAAGACAAAGGUUGACACCGGUUCCCCGACGCAUUUUGUCUCGUCGAAGGAGAAGAGGCAAAAGCAGAAAAUGGAGAGCAGCACCGGCGAACCAGAACAGCCGCCUGCGCAGCCGCUGCAAGUUAACGAGAAAAAGAAGACACACCGGGCACCGUCUCCUGCGAGACCCAAAGAUGUGCCCGGGUGGUCCCUCACUAAAAUCCGUGGAGGGAUCGGGACGCCGACGCUGAGCGUUAAACCGGGAGCCAUAUAUUUAGGCGGUCGCGUGUCCAGACGCAGCCCGGUUAACACCGGGAAAGAAACGAAAACAGAGAAGAGUAAACCGACCGGGAAGCCCCCGCUGUCCGCGGCCGGUGCUCAGAAGAACAAAAGCGCUCGAAGAAAAGUUUCGGACGCCAGCAUCGGAUCGGAUGAUUUAAGCAAGGACUCCGGCUGCGCUCCGGGGAAACUCUCAGCCACCGACAGCAGCUCCGAGCUAUCGGACUGCGCCUCCGAGGAGAACAAGGUCUCCACAGACGCGCUCAGCAGCGACACUGAGACCAGCAGUCGCGGGGGGAUCGACGGCGAUAAAUCGGCGGCAGAACAUGGACUACUGGACACGAUUGGUCAAUCCAAGACCAGCGUGGAGAAAGAGCGACUCUCGCUGGGAAUGGAGACCGCAGAGGGGAGCGUCUCUCCCGGCGACGAGCGCUCGCUCACCUCGUUCGACAGCAGGAUGCUCGCCAGCACAUCCCUGGCGUUUUCGGACCUGACUGAGAUGGACGGGAUGCAUGAGGAAUUAAUCAGGGAAAUAGAGGAACUCAGGUCGGAAAAUGAUUAUUUAAAGGAUGAAAUGGAGGAGCUUCGCUCUGAGAUGCUGGAGAUGAGGGACAUGUACAUGGAGGAGGAUGUUUAUCAGCUCCAGGAGCUCAGGCAGCAGCUGGAUCAGGCCAACAAGACCUGCCGCAUCCUGCAGUACCGCCUGAAGAAGGCAGAGAGACGCAGUAUCCGCGUUGCCCAGACCGGACAUGUGGACGGGGAGCUUAUCCGCACCCUGGAGCAAGACGUUAAGGUGGCGAAGGAUGUGUCCAUCCGUGUGCACAAUGAGCUGGACACUGUGGAGAAGAAGAGAUCUCGGCUGGAGCAGGAGAACGAGGAGCUGAGGGUGAAACUACAGGAUCUGGAGGUGGCCAAGCAGGUCCUGCAAGCUGAGAUGGAGAAGGCCAGAGAGAACUCUCAGAAGAAGAGAGGUGCCAGACCAAACAACAAACCUGAUAAAAAAGCAUCGCCUCAGCCUCCAGAGGACAGCUCAGACCUGAAGUGCCAGCUUCACUUCGCCAAAGAGGAGUCAGCUCUCAUGUGCAAGAAACUCACCAAGAUGGUCAAAGACAAUGAGGCCAUGAGGGAGGAAUUGUCAAAGUUUCGCUCUUUGUACGGAGAGGUUGAUGCCUCGCUUACUGUUGAAGAGGUCGCUGACUCUCCUCACACCCGAGAGGCCGAGGUCAAAGUACACCUGAAACUUGUGGAAGAGGAGGCGAACCUUCUAAGCCGACGGAUCGUAGAGCUGGAGGUGGAGAACCGUGGCCUUCGCGCUGAAAUGGACGACAUGAAGAUCCAGGAUUCCCCUGGUGGAGUCGGGGUCAUGGGUGGAGUCGGGGGUCAACUGCUGCUUUCCACGUCUGAGAAUGUGAUGGAGCUACAGCGCCAUCUACAGUUCGUGGAAGAAGAGGCGGAUCUGCUGCGGCGGUCUCUGAUAGAAAUGGAAGAGCAGAACAAGCUCUUGAUGAACGAGCUCAACCACUACAAAUCCGAGCUUCCCGCUGUCAAUGAGAUAGAGCUGUCGCCGUCCACAACCAUCAAUUCACCCAAAAUCAUUCCUGGUGCUUCCGAAGAUGAGGGAUCCGGUCCAAACGAAGCCACCCAUAAAGAACUGCUUGCUGCCAGGCUGCAGAUCACAGAGCUGAACGGUAAAGUAAAGAAGCUCCAGUAUGAGAACCGUGUGCUCCUUUCCAACCUUCAACGAUGUGACUUGGCCUCCAACCAGGGUUCCGCACGUCCGGCGCUGGAAACCGAUGCCGAAGCGGGGGACUCAGCUGAGUGCGUCCCCAGCCAGGUGCACCGCGAAGGCCCGGUGGGCGACGAGCAGCACGAUAUUCUGGACGAAAAUAAUCCCAAAUUUUCAGGAACAAGUCGCACUUCUACUGCUCAGGGCCUCAGCUUAAAAGACCUUUUCGCUAUCCGCGACCAAGCGCAAAUCAUUACCUCAGCCAUUCAGCUUCUAACAUCACCCGACCUUUCCAGUGUCACACCAGAUGCUGUCUAUCGUAAGAUUACAACAAAUGAGUCUGCGGAAGCGGAUCUGCUGGAGAAGAGCCAGACCCAGAGCUCCACGCUGCCCCUGGUGGAGGCCCUGCGUGGCAGACUGCAGUCUCUUCAGGCUCAGCUACAGGCCCUUAGUGAGAGGGUGGAUGCCCUGGGGCAGCCCUCAGAGAGGGAGUGUGUGGAAGGGAUGUCCCCGAUGCCCCUGCUGUCUGAGGCGGAAGACCCUGCAGCAAAUUUCUCAUGCCCUGCAGAUGCUCAGUUCAACCAGAACAUGGCCCAACAGAAGCCUGACUCUAGAGAUCAGCCAGACUGUGAGGUCAAAGUUCACACAUGCAAGGCAGAGGAGGAGAGCAACAGCCACAAAGACAGCAACAAAGAUGAGGAAUCUGACUUAAAGGAAACAAACUCUGACCUGGUUGGUGAGUUGCACACUCUGUUGUCUGAGGCGAGAGAGAAGGCUCAGGGAGCGCAGGAAGCGUUGUCACAGGAGAGACAUGCGCGCCACAACGACACGCAUAAACUCUCUCAGCUUCAGGAAGAGCAUCAGAAGGCCCUCCUCCUCAGAGACUUCCAGCUACAGAGCCUGAGCCUCCAGACGCGUCUGCAGCAGAAGCUGUGGAGUCAGGAGAGAAACCUGCUGGUGCAGGAGUCACAGCAGCUCAAAGAGAGCCUGCUCCUCAUCAGCCUCAAGCUGCGCUGGCUCCUCAAACAGUGGAGACUCGGCAAGAAACUAGACACUGAGAGCAAGGAUAUCCUCGAGGUUAACAGUGUCAAAGAUCUCCGUAUCCUGCUUGAGGAAGAUGGGCUGUCCUCCCACUAUGGAGACAACAAGAUGUCUGCCGCUGAGGAGCAACCCCUCAACCCUACACCCAAAGAGCACAGCCUGGCAGAGAAAAGCUGCCCACAGCAGCCUAGCGGAUUCGGCAGUACUCUGUCGGACCUGAAGGUGGCGCUACAGGAUCUGAGCGCUGAGCUGCGCGAGGAGCGUCAGGGUUCACAGGAGUUAACACAGCAGUUUGCCCGUGCCAAAGCAUCAUGGGAAGUGGAACGAAUGGAACUCAAGAGCAUUAUCACUCAGCUGGAGUGUAAGAUGGGGAAGGCAUCUGUGGCUGGCAGUGAAAAGGAUUCUCCAGACCUCAAGGGGGCACUAAAGAAGGAGCGAGAGGAGCAUCAACACUUAUUGGCGGACUCUUACGCUGCCGUGAUGGACCUCACCAAACAACUGCAGAUUAGUGAGAAGAACUGGAGCCGAGAGAGGCUAGAGCUUUUGGAGCACUUCAACCAGGAAAGAAGCCAAUGGGAACAACAUAUACGAGAUUCCCAGAGCAAAGGCGCACAGUCUCUUCAUGAUAAAAUGUCUGAGAAGGAAACCUUAACAGAUGUAGCCACGAGCAGUUCAGCACUGCAAAGGACCACAUCGGUGUCUGCCCUCUCUGAAUUUAAGAGUCUGCUGGACACACAUGGUCACAUGGUCAGUGGAGUAAAAGUGUGCAAAGUUGCACAGCACCAAUCUACCGCUCCGACCUCCAUUCUGGCUUGCACUGACUUAAGUGAUCUCAACAAAAAGAAUUGGAAGUACCUGACCAGCGAUUCAGCAAUAUUGGAAAAGCAUGACCAGUUUAAGACAUGGGACUGCCCAAGCACCAAUUCGAACAGCAGCUUCCCAGGACUGGAGCUGAGCAAAGAGUACAUCCAGAGAAGCUACACUGCUCCGGAUAAGACGGGCAUUCGCAUCUAUUACAGCCCUCCAACAGUGCGGAGAAUGGAGAGAAGACCAGUCAAAGAAAAGGCCCACCAGGAUCCCCAGCAAGGAUUAUCAUCAAGAGAUGCAGCCAUGAUAGAUCAAUCAGGUCAGACUGCUGUGUCCGUACCCUUAUCCACCACUUCCUCAUCCGCUUAUGAGCAGUGGUUGAGCUCACUUUCACAGCAGCAUAGAGACUUGCUUGAAGGACGGACAGGAGGUACUGCACCUUUCCAUGGACUGGAGAUUUCAGGCAACCUCAGCGAUGACAUGAAGGAGAUGACCAACUGUGUACGACAGGCCAUUCGUUCCAGUUCCCUGGAGAGGAAGUGCAGCAAAGAUUCUGGGAGCCAGACAGUUGGCGUUUCUAGUACAGGAACGCAGACAGCACAGUUUGUCAGCAUUGGCCUACAAACUGAUGCCAUUUCAACUACUAGAGGCCUUCAAGGGAAAACAUGGUCUCCUCGUCCAUCCACCUCACUUGCGUCUGCACGCUCCCGACAGAUCUCUUCAUCUCUGGAUAAAGUGCACAGUCGCAUAGAUAGACCCUGUUGCUCACCAAAAUAUGGCUCGCCUAAGCUCACCCGAAGAGUUUCCACCUCCUCCUCCAAACUCGAGACCUCCUCAACAUCCUCAAGGGAUCGCAGUGUCUGGAAUCUGCAUAACCGUAGUGGAUCUCAGAUCGGUUCUGCCUGGGCACGUUCCACCACCACACGUGACAGCCCAGUGCUUAGCGGCCUAAAUGAUGGCUUGACCAGUCUGUUCAGCGUGGUGGAACACUCCGGAAGUGUUGAAUCAUUGUGGAAAGUAGAUCAGUGCCCAGGGAGACAAGCCGCUGGGAAACCCUCCUGUCCUAGCAUAGGUAUCGGUCUGGGAGAAGCGGGAUCUCAGAAGUAUGGUAUGGUCCAGGAGUUUCUUUCCAACGUUUGCGGCAGGACUGCGCCAGCGGGCACAGUGGACGAACCGAAGCCUGAAUACCUACCUGGAGCCUUGACUGGCACAGACAAUAUCACAAAGAUCGUCAACAAGAGGUUUAUGAAAACACAAAAAGACGAUUUGGUAGCCACCGGAAAGGAUGCAAUGAGCACAAGCUCUAGUACCUUGGAGGAUUCAGUUUGUGACUGCAACUCACAAACCGUCACUUCCUGUUUUGCCCGCAACUCCCGCUCCACGGCACGACAUACCCAUGGUCAGUGCAAGCACCGAGUGCAAGAGUCAUCCAUGGGAACUGAAGAACGAUUCGAUACCAGUAAUGAGUGAGGAUGAGGGUGGCCUCUUCUGACGCUUCCCAAAAACUAUACAAAAUAAACAACCAUCAACACUCACACCACACAAACUGCCACAAAAACCCACUGCCACAUACGCCAAUACACAGACACACCUAGAAAACAAACACACAUACUUCAUAUCUUAAACAAACAAAAAAAAACUUCAGGGUUACAACAAAGGGACCUUGGAAAAUUCCUGCAUCUGGAGAGUUUCCAAACCAGACCUCAGUGUAACCAGCACACUUUAAUGCCAAGGAUGGGGAGAAAGUUGACCUCCCUUUUAGGUCCACCAUUCCACUGUCAAGAUUUCACAUUGUUAGUCCGUCAUUCCAGUGUAAACCAGCCAGUCCUGACUUUGAAUUCCACAAUCAUUUAGUCAGACCUCUCCUUAAACUCAGCCAUUCCUCUGUUUCCUUAUCCAGCCAAAAGGACAACUUAGCCAGCCAUUUCGAUACCCAUGGGAGAACUUGAGUAAUCCGAACCCAAGUUGACACCAGGUUUUAAUGAAUUUCAUGUAGAUAUCAAGGAAACAUAAAGCAUGCAGCUGAACUACACAAACUAAGAACCUCAACAUGGCCUUCAGUAAGAGUAAAACUUAUCAUCACAACUGCCCAGUGGCCCUUACGCUUGCCCACAAAUAGUAUUGCUUGGAGUAGCUGUAAAUUUGUCCCAUAACCAGCAAUUCAUGGAUUCUACGAGUUCAUGUACAACUUACCUUUUUUUAAAAAAAGUCUACAAUGGACCACUUUUGUCUUUGAUGGUUAAGAAGAAAGUGUUGCCACCUUAAACCAACAUGGACUCAAUUUGGUUUUAUGUUCAUGUUCUCCACAGACAAUCAUCAAACAGCAAAGCUUGUUUCAACCACUUUAUAAACUCUCCAACUACUUGGGACCAUGUUCCAUUUUCAAACCAGCCAAAAUAUGAAACUAUACGAAUAUACCCCUGGAUUUAUCUAAAAAAGGACUGGAUGAUAUGAUUCAUCAAAUUGCAUUAUAAAUCUGUUCCAUUUAAAACUUGAUAUUCUUAUUGUGCUGUCUGAAAAUGUCUACAAAGAGCACGUUGGUAGAGGUAGAGUAGGAGGAUAACAGUUGUUUUGUUUUCUUUGGUACUUUGUACUGUAUAAGUGUUUGAGCAUUAGAGUACUAACAUGUAAAUCUCCAUUCCUUGGCUAGGAUGUCCUCAUGAAUUUUAAAGUGUAAUGGUCAUUUUUAUUAUCGCCCCCUGCUACAACGGAAGACUGUUGCUGGGUGUAUCUUCUGCUAUCCUCUUCUUUAUUUUCACUGUCUACCUCGCCAUCCUCCAUCAUCAUGCUGAAAUAAACCUAAUGGACCUUAGUUAGGGUAGACGUCAGUUUUAAUUUGAUGUGAAUGAAAACAAGACUAUGAGGGAUAUAAGUAUAGUCAGUUAAAUAGAUUUUACUAUUGAGAUGUUAAUCUUAAGUACUUGGUUUUAAGAAUCAUUCUAAGUCCUUGCGGUCUUCUGAUUCAAAUGGUUUUUGAACUAAUGCUGACUAGACUGCUGGGUAGUAGUCUGCAUCAAUGCUGGCUCAGCAAAAAGGUGCAUAAUGGCUUAAAGGGGGAGCUUGUGAGCACCCUGCCGAAACCUAAAAUGACAAAUGGGAUAUUCUAUACACCAGGGAUGGGCAACGCCGGUCCUGGAGUACUCCUGUCAUGCAGAGUUUAGCUCCAGCCCUCACCUGCUCCUCCAAAAAACUCACCUGCCUUUAGCCCAAGUAAUCCUGAAGAUUAAUUGGCUUGUUCAGGUGUGUUUGAUUAGGGUUAGAGCUACAGGACAGCAGCACUUUUGCCCAAAUUGCCCAUUGUUUCACUUGGGAUAGAGCCAGAGUGUACAUCAAUCCCUACAGCCUCAAUCAUGCCAAAUCGAAUGUCGUCUACCCUGACCAAAACCCAUAAUCCUAUUUAACAGAACACAUUUGAAAGCCUCACAAAAUACUAAUUAUGCAGAUUUCACAUUUAUAAACAGACAUGUUUAAGACUGAAACAUUGAAUGCUAAUUAAUUGGCCUUAGAGAGAUUUUGAGAUUUUAUCAGAUAAUCCCAAAAUAUAAUCCAUAAUCUGAUCAUUUGUCCAUGAAGCUAUGCAGUUACUGAAAUACGAGUGUGUGCCUCCCUGUAGCAGCUCCUGCAUCCAAGUCAAGGUUUUUUCUUUUCGUUUUUUCAAAUCUCCAGCUGGAGUGGUGCUGCAGAAACUGAAGUUUAGUAAUUUUUGCUGGUGCUUUUCUUAGCUAUGAUGACAGAACAUUAGAGGAAACAUUUUUUGAAUGCAUUUCUCGAGCCAUAAGAAUUGUCGAUUCUGCUCUCUUUAUAAAUCGGACAUUUCUCAAUUGUUCAGUGUCUGGAAAAACAAACAAACCAAAACAAAAACCCAGCCUAUUAUAUCCCAGAAAGUGUCACCUCUUCGUCUGUCACAGCCUUGUCAUAUGUCCCACAGCUACCUCUUAAAUCGAAACUGUAUCUUAUAUUACAUUUAACCCAUUCAUGUUUUAUUUUGAAGGUCACUAGAGUGCCUUUUUAAAAGUAAAGCAACAAGAUAUCUGUUAGAAGUAUGUUUUUGAGGAACCAUCUACUGAUGGCGUGAAAUUUUCAGAGGACUGCAGUUAGCUACAGAACCCCUGUUUCUUAAAAAGGAAAGACAUGACUAUGUCUGUAUUCAUAAAGUUAAAUGAAGUGCAAAUUCAAUCUAUUGUUUAUAUUGAUUACAGAAGCCAAAAUGCAGUUUGAGGAUAUUUACGAGUGAAAUCUGCAAACGUAAUCAGUCCGUCCGUCCUUUCUUUAUAAGCCAUUAUAAAACACUAUUUGAAUGUUUCCUGUAUUGAGUCUGAUGUUGUGGCUUUGCUCACUUAUACAUGUCAGACAAAUGGUGUACUGUCCCUUCAAGUGUCCCUUAACUGUCUAGUCUGUCUGAGAUUGGUCACAUGAUCUCUGAAAAAACAGGGGGAAUGACCUUAGUUUAGGAGUUUUUCGUUUGAGUGCUCUCGUUUAAGUCUUACAUCAAAACCCCACUGAUGGUUUCCCCAAAUUUAGCAGAAGAAUGUAAAUGAAGCCAAUUAGACACUUUUAUAGCUGUUCUUAAACCAUUGACAGAAGUUUAAAAGGUCAUGUGGUUAGUGGUUUUAGAUUUAAAGGAGUUGCAUGGGAGCAGCUCUCUAAUUGGCCUUUCCAUUCACACUGUUUUAAUGCCUAGCAAUAUAUAAAACACCUCGUCGCUUAUCGUUGUCAAUAUCAAUUGCUAAAUUAUUAUGAAGAGAAUGUGUGUAUAUUUUUUUGUUUUUGUUUCCAUUUGAAAUCUCUUGAAUGAAAAAGAUGAUGUCGGAUGGACAACGAGGAACAUUUCUAAACGUUUUAACUUGAAAUCGAAUAUACUGUAAAUAAAUACGCAAUUUGUACUCUUUCUAUCCUUGUGUAGGAAAUGUUUUGAAUGUCUCUGCCAACUUUGAGCUUGAAUUCUGUACCUUUCCUCAACUGAAUUAAAAACAUGAGAACAUUUUGUGUAAAUAGAAACAUUUUGAAAAUAAAAGUGCUGAAAAUUU